CACUCUCCUGGCGCAGGCGCAGUGGGUUGCCGGAGGCUCCCGGUUCCGGACGUUUCACCGGUGGCUGGUGAGAUACGGUUGUGUUCCUCAGGUGCUGACGGGCCGCGGCGGCGGACCCGGAGCUCUGGCGGCAUCACGGAGGCGCAGGCUGUGUCCGAGGGUUCGGGGCCCGGCGCCGCUGGCCCCGGGACGGCCCCUCCGGUGACGGUACUAGUGAUGCGGCAGGACGAGGCGGCGGCGGGGGACGACGACGCCGACCUACUGGACACUUCGGACCCCGCGGGCGGCGGCGAGAGUGCGGCCAGCCCCGAGGAGCUGGAGGACGAGGGUGCCGAGGGCGGCAGCGGGGCGCGCAGGAGGGGCUCCAAGACCUGCACCUACGAGGGCUGCCGCGAGACCACCAGCCAGGUAGCCAAGCAGCGCAAGCCCUGGAUGUGCAAGAAGCACCGCAACAAGAUGUACAAGGACAAGUACAAGAAGAAGAAGAGCGAUCAGGCCCUGGGCUCCGGUGGCGCCUCGGCGGCCAGCGCAGGCAAUGUCAAGCUGGAGGAAAGUGCAGACAACAUACUCUCCAUUGUCAAGCAAAGAACAGGAUCUUUCGGGGAUCGCCCUGCAAGGCCUACUCUGUUAGAACAAGUGUUAAAUCAGAAAAGACUGUCAUUACUAAGAAGUCCAGAAGUUGUCCAGUUUUUACAGAAACAGCAGCAGCUAUUAAAUCAACAAGGUUUGGAGCAAAGACAGCAGCAGUUUCCAGGAGCUCCAGUGUGAGUGGCUCACCAACUGUGGUUUCUCUUACUAUAAUGGAUGGAUGGACUUUAUACUAAAGGUGAUAUCCCAACAGUCAGGCAUUGGUGGUGCACACCUGGAAUCCCUGUACUUGGGAGACGGAGCCAAGAGGAUCCCAAGUUUGAGCCAGCCUGGGCUACAUAGCAAGCUUCUUUCUCAAAAAGAAAAAAAAAGAGGUAGAGAGAGGCUGUUAACAAAAAUAUUUUCCUAUAAAUGUGCAUUUGCAUUUGGGGAUAGAUAAGUAUUGCAUUUUUGCAUCAAAUCCUUCCAGAUCGCUAUGAGUUUGAAAAAAGUCCCCUUUACAGUUUUUUAAUGUUUUUCUUCUUCAGUUGUGCAUACUGGAGCUAAUGAGGCAGUUACUUUCUGUGGAAGUUAUGGUUCAUAGUAAUAUCAAUUCAUCCGGUACCAUGAUUCUCUCCGGAGGCAUGGAAUGGAGUGUUUGGGGUUGUCGUAGAGACAUUAAACAUAGCCAGGCUGGGGUGAGGGACCAGGAAUACUGAAUGUUUUCAGGGUCUGUGCUAUUCCCACAGCUAAGUGUUCCCUUGCCGUUAAUUCACCUCAGCUGCAGCAAUAGACAGCCUGAGGUCAGAGUGCCAAGGUCAGGUUCUCGUGAUAACCGUUCUUUAUAGUUCAGACAGGAGCCAUGAGAGCUGAGUGUGUUCACACCUGUGAGACGAGUGGUCGUGUAAACUGCAGAGAGUGCACUAAAGUGGGCACCUUGGCUGCUCUCACUCUCCUCCAAGGCAGACCAUCUCUUGAAUUUGUCAGUUUAGAUAUCUCAGCCCACCAAGGCUUCAUAAAGGAGAUUCUGAAAAUAGAGGAACACUCCACAUUUUGUCAGUGGUUUUCAGAACUACUUUAACUCGUAUUCCUAAGUACUAUUUAUUUAUUAAAAGAUUCAUGAAUUAUUUUUUUUUACUUGCUCCUAAGAAAACUUUAAAAAGGCAAAAAUACCAUAAGAUGAAGAAUCAAAUGUCAAGAGUGUAUCCAGGAGUAGGUUAAUAAAAUGUGUCACAGGCUGAACUCUGCAGAAGUGUGUGGUUGAUUCCUAAGCUCUGAAAUGUACAUGAUGUUAGCUUACAGCUGUUAUAGUAAGUACUCAAGGGCUGGGGGUGAGCUUAGCCUUAGAGCACUUGCCUAGCCUGUGUGGAGGCCCUCGUUCAAGUCCCUGCAUCACCACCACAACAAACAGAGGGAAAAGGAUGUUUUUCUUCAUUUUUGUGCAGUACACCUGUGUACCUGAAAAAAAAAAAAAGUUUUGCCGAAAUCAUUCAUUAAAGUCCUGUUUUUGACCUUA